GCUGGAGCAGAGCAGCCGAGGAGAGCCGGGCGCUGCUCUGCUCCCGGCCGGGACCCGGCUCCGGCCACAGCGGGGGCAGCGAGGGGCAGCGACCUCCCCCGGGCUCAGCCGGAGCUCAUGGAAGGCAGCCAGCUUCACUUCCCCACGGGAGAAAAGGGAAAGAGGCCCUUGGAUGCUGAACCUCUGCCCGGAAAAGAGAAAUUCCAUCAAAAGCCUGCUUGCUGACCCAUCUCCCCUGGACACAUCCCUCCAUCUGGAUCUCCACAGCCUGCCUGCUCCGGUGGCAUCGUGCCUGAUCUUCCUGCCUGCAGGAGCAGCAAAGCCGGGCUCGUGCCUGGCCCGUGGCUGCCCUCCCUCCCUCCCUCUCAUGCUGCCCAAGCUCUGAGGAAGGUGGCAGGGAGGAUCCGUGCCCCUGGCCAUGAGGAGCUGUUUGGAAUGCCCGUGGAGUGCCAGCGAAGGAAAGCAGUGAAGAUGCUGAGGACAAGGCCCCAGCAGUUCCUCCACACUCAGCACAGCGAGGAUGUGCAGCCCCCCUGUGCCUGUGGGACAGCCCAGGGGGACACUGAGGGGGACACUGAGGGGGACACUGAGGGGGACAGGAGCUGCUGGCAGGAGAGGGGGAGCAGAGUGGGGCAGAGCUGCCAUCAGCUCCGGGAUGCUCCAGCCUCUGAGCCUGGCGAGCAGAGGGCAUGGAGGGGACUGAUGGGGGGGAAAUCAAGUGGGAGCUGCCAGAGGGACCCCCGGGGGCUCAAUGGGGAUGCUGCAUCACCCCUGUUGAAUGGCAGCAGCCUGCCUUUGGCAGAUGAACCUGCAGCCCCCACCAAGGACCCUGGCUCUGCCCCAGGGCUGCCCCCCACAGCAGACAGCCCCACGGCCAACCCCAGCCAUGAGUGGAAAGUGGUGAAGAUCCAACGGGUCCUCAUCAACCCUGACUUUGAGCCAAGGAAAGCAGGUCUCUCCCGCAGCGCCAGCCUCUCGGAGAAGGAGCUGAAGGAGGCGAAGGCGCGGAGCCAGAGGAUCGCGGCUCAGCUCACCACGGCUCCCGGCCCCAGCUCCAAGGGCGUCCUGCUCUUCCACCGCCGCAGACAGAGAGUCGAUGGCCUCACGGGGGCCGGGCACGGCGAGGGGCUGCCGCUGAGCCCUGCGCCCCAGCCUCGGCAAGCGGCCAUGGAGGACAGCCAGGGGCGGUGGAUGAAGCCAGAGCCUGAGCAGUCCGGCAGUCCAGGAGAAGGGAUGCUGGCAAACGCCUCCCCGUGCCGGGAGCUGCCUGCUGGAGCACAGCAGGUCCCGCUCAGCGUUUACCUGAAGGAGAACAUGGCAUCGGCCACCACCAAUGGUGUGCAGGAGCAGGCAGCCAGCAGGAUGGAGAGAGGGCUGGAAGGGCCCGGGGAUGCAGGAGCCCCUGUGGGGCCGAACACAGCGCCUCUCGUCCUGCCACAGAGCCCCGAGGAGGGGAAGAAUGUCAAAGUGCCCAGUGAGGUGCCCGGUGAGGUGCCCAGCGCUCCAGCGGGGACAGCCACAGGAAUGGCAUCCCCAGCCGGGCAGCAGCAGAACGGGGCACAGGGCCGGCAGUAUUAUGAAGUCCAUCUCACCCUGGCCAAGCCCAAGCCUGUGAAGAACCGGACGGCCAGACCCUUCGGCACCCAGGCGUCCCCCGCCAGUGCCCAGCCAGCCGAGGAACCCCCUGCCCCCGAGCUGCCCCCACCACCCACCUACGCAGAGACCCUCAGCAGCCCCCCACCCCUCACCCGUGUCCGCUCUCCCCCUGCCUACUCAGCCCUGUAUCCCACCCAGGAGCAGAAGAUGCUGCCGGGUCCCCUCCUGGGCUGUGGCAUGAGCGGACCAAACCCCUUGCCCAAAACAGGGAUCCUGGAAGAAUCGGCUGCCCGGAGAGCCAGCAGAAAGUCCAUGUUCACCUUUGUGGAGAAGCCAAAGCUGGGCCCCAACCCCGACCUGCUGGACCUGGUUCAGAGUGCAGACAGCAGGAAGAAGCAGAAGGAGCAGGGAGAACCCAGUGCCGAGGAUGAGCCCUUYGCCCUCGGGGCUGAAGCUGCAAACUUUGUCCCCAACAGCGCAGCCAGGGGUGUGCAGCACCUCCCGCCGGCUGAGGAUGCUCCAGCGUGGUCCUCCUGCCUCAAAUCUCCCACCAUCCAGCCCAAGAAGAAGCCACAGCCCAGCCACAUCCUCAGUGAAGCGAGAGGGAAGGGGGCUGAACUCUUUGCCCGCCGACAGUCCAGGAUGGAGAAGUUCAUCAUCGAGGCCCCCUCCCAGCCGGAGCUGCUGCGGUGCCCAUCACCCACCAUGUCCCUGCCUCCCUCCUGGAAGUACGACAACAAUGCUUACCUGUCACCCAUGGUCUCCAGACGYCCCUCCAAGAGUCCCUCCAGGCCCCCCAAAACCCCUCCUGCAUCUCUGUAUGGCAGCAACCCAAUGGAGAACGAGGUGUCYCAGAAGGAGCUGGAGAUCUCCAAGCACCAGCCUUACCAGCUCCAGUCUUCUCUCUUCAUCCUCUCCCCAUCCAAGGGGCCGGCCGCGUCCAUGCCCCAGGAGAUGCCUCCACCCAGACCCUCUCUUCCCGACUCCUACCCCUACCCCCAGCAAGCCUCCUGCCCGACCUCUCCGUUGCCUCCUUCCCCGGUUUGGCAUCCCCCCGUGGUGCCCAGCGCCGGCCAGAGCAGCACCAGCCCCUUCCCCAGCGCUGCCGGGGCUCUGCCCCUGACUCAUGAGAGCCGUGCCAGUCCCGGAGCCCCGGCUGAGGUGCUGCUGGCCUCCCCGUGCCGCCUGCUGCCACCCCGGGCAAAGGCAGGCUUCCAGGCACCCCGGCCCUCCUACUCCACCAGGAAUGCCGGCAUYGAGCCGCAGGACAGGCGAUCGUCCCUCCCUGCAUCUCCCACCUGGACGCCCCGGCUGGCGCGGCGCCCGGGCAGCCUGGACGGCUGGGCCAGCCCGGCGUCGGUGCCCGAGCUGGAUGAGGGACCGCCCUUGUCCCCUCCGUGGAGCGAGAGGUCCCUGUCCCCGCUGCGGCAGGAUGCGGASCCCCGGGCCAGCCGGCAGAUGCAAGCGCGGCUCGCCAGGAACAUCAUCAACGCUGCCCGCAGGAAGAGCUGCUCUCCCAAAGCCGGGGGGCCGGAGAGCUCCCGGCCCUUCACCCCCAUCUCCGCCGGGCCCCCCAGCCUGCCCCAGUCGCCCCGGCUGGGCCCCCGAGCGCCGGCCCUGCAGGCUGCCAGCAGCGCUCUGGGGAGCCUCGGCAGCCCCUCGCCCACCCACAAAAGCCCCCUGCGAUCGCCCCGGGCGGGCAGCCCCCAGUUCUGUGCCUCCCCCGGGAUGCCCCGAGGCGCCUGGGCAGAGGGUCGCCGGCUCCUGAUGCCAUCCAGCGCGUCCUCCUGCCCCGUSCCCAGGCUGUCCCCGGUCCCCAAGAGUCCCCUGCCAUCCCCCGUGGUGGGCGGGCGAUCCCCAGCCAAGCGUUGCACCUCCCGGUCCCCGACGGACUCGGACGUCUCCCUGGACUCCGAAGACUCGGGGACCAAGAGCCCGGGAAUCCACAGCUUCAACCUGUGUCCCCGGGGCUGGACCAGCAGCCUGCGGCUGAAGACGGGGGGGCUGCCCUCAGGGGCCCCCUGCACCUCCUAGACGAGCCAGCCCCCACCAAACCACCYUGUCCCCCGACCCGUCAGCCCGGGUGAUGCCCCCGCUGACCYCCCUACCGGGAACACACCAACCCCCGGGACUGAGGUCCCCAAAAAAGUGUCCCUUSGGAGCUGCCACGGCCCCUCUGUGUGCCAGAGGGGUCAGGUGCCUCCUGCCCGCCCGCCAUCCCAUGGCCCCGCUCUAUUUUUACCACGCUAACCUUUCGGGGCAGGACUGCGUGGUCAGCAGGCAGGAGCAGGCAGAGUGGGGGAGCCSACACCUCCCUCCCCCACGGCUCCUCCCUCGGCAGUCCCUGCUUGCCAGCGAGCCCCAACCCACACAGCCAGGAUGGGAUGGGCUUGGUGGUCCCCUGUGAGCCCCCUGUCCCCAGCUCCCAGGRGUUAUCCCGGGGUGUCUCUGCUUCCCUGGGGUGGCACAUCUGCUGCACCCGUCAGGGGUGGGCAGCAUCGAUUCCAUGCCAUGACCAGGCUCCCUCUCCCUGUGUCUCCCAGUCUCCAGAAUUGUCUGGUGUCAAUUGAAACCAUAUUUUGGAGAGGAAAAGUUAAUUUUUAAUUCCAGCCCCCCAGUUCUUCAUUGCU